CCGUAUCCCACGAUAAAAGAGCUUGAAAAAAUGCCAUCUUGUAGGAAGUUACAGAAAAUAGAGCAAAGAUUCCUUUUUUUCUUUUUUUUUCUUAGAAAUGCACACAGACCCUGCACAGGAUGAACGGGUUAACUCUGACCUUGAUCCUCUUCGACUCCGCAACAAACCCGAGUACGGCUGAAAUAAUCCCCAACGUGAGAACGAUACCACAAAUCCAUUUCUGCGAUCUACUAAGUCUUUCCAUCUUCCCUCCUCCCUAAACAAUCGAAGCUCCAGCGACCGCUCAAAUACUCCUCCAAGCUGCUCCCUCUCCCUCUCUCUCUCGCGUGAAGUAACAACACGAAAGGACUAAGCAAGGCGAUCGACCCGGUCGACUAUGGCAGGAUCCUCUCAACCUCCUGUCCUCAACAUAUAUAUCUAAUGAGCUCGACAAAUGUCCGGCCUUCCUUCUUAUAGCAGCGGCAGCGGUCAAGUCCUACGCUACGAAGCUGUAAGAUCCCAGUACGAUCUGCGCAUUCAAUCCACGAUUCGAAAACACCAGUAUCGUUGGCUCGCGACGUCUCUAUCGUUUUCUUUCUUUUCUUCUCCGCCUCCGCUCAACCGAUUCUUGCCUUCCUUCACUCCCCUCCCCUGCUCUGCUCUGCUCCCGUCCCACCCCUCCCCACACUCCACACCUCUCCACUCCACUCGCCCCUCUCCUCCUAUCGUCUCCUCUCCUCUCCUCUCAGAUCCUCUCUCGGGCUCAACGAAUUUCUCUCGCUCUCGCUGCUGCUCUGCGUCUCGUGUCGCUCGUAGAGAAGAAACGAAGCGGAAGCAGCGGCGGGCUCUGCAGCACGCGUGUCUUGGGGCCCAUUGCUCGCGCUUGCUCGGACACCGAGCCCAGGCACGGAGAGGCGAGGGGAGGGCAGCCCAGAAAGGGCAGGGCAGGGAGGAGGAAAAAGCCCCCGGCGUCACUGUGGAACAACAUCGCCACUGUGCGCUUCAUCAACUGGCUGCCAGGCAGGCUGGGGGGCUGGCGGGCAGGGGGCAGGGGGCAGGGCAGGCAGACGCUCCAGGUACCGCUACCGCUGCCGCCACUAGCAGCACUACUACAACGGUAGAGGAGCGCUGCUCCGCGCCUCUCGUCCAGACGCUGACCAGGCGAAGACAGGUCAGUCGCCGGCAGUGGUCCCUCCCACCGUCCGCCGCACUCUGCCGUUGAGCCCUCUGUCGUCGGGCAACUCCCUGGGCCUGCCCUGCCCUGCCCUGCCCCGACUGACUCCGGAAUGUUCCUCACCCGGUACGGUUCUCGACGCAUCUCUGGGCGUUCGUUAGCAGCAUGGCGGAAGACCUGCUUCGAGAAUGCGUUCGAGCCUCGUCUUAAAAUAUCUGUGGACCUUCCUCCUUUCUUCCGGAAAUCCCCGGAAUGGAAGCUUUUCUUCGGGCAAUCGCUCGCCUCCGGAAAUAGUUCUUCUUCGCACUUCUUUCCAUCCGCCUGGCCUGUGGAUGGCUUGUAGACUCAUCAUGGGCCGCCCUUCUUGUCACAGAAUAUGCGCUCUCUUCUUCGUUUCUUUACCGGCGAGCUCCGAUGGCGGGGGUUUAAUACCUCGGAUGGCAUUCCUCGAGGAAGACAUUUUCUCGAAGGACCUCGUCGAUAUGCAUUGGCGAGGCUAUACUUGGCCUCAUUAGGAGACCCGUCAGUAAUCCUUUUGAUUCGAUUUCUUGCAAUCCAAUUCUCAUCUCUCCACGAAGGAAAUGUUCUUGCAACAGCUUGGCUUCUCUUCUUUGCAGCUGUUUUCGCCCAUACCAAAGGGGAAAUCAAGUCCUCAAUACGAUUCCUCAUGUUCAUUGUAUCGUUCAAAGUUUGUGGGCAGGAAUUGGUUCUUCCGACGGUGUUCCGAGCAUAUGAAUGAAUUCCUAUUACAGACAUACCUGCGAAGGCAAAACAACAAUGGAGGGCACGACGAUUUCUCUGGAGGUGACAGAAAUCGUCACGAGUCUUCACGACGGGCCAUACGCGGAUGUGCAAAACGUCCCGAUUCGUCGAGCCCGGGCGACAAGUGUCCUCAUCCCUUCCUUCCAGGCUGCCGCCGCUACGGGGCUGUAUUUAGGGCUUAUCGCUGCCGUCUUCUCGCCCAUUCCCGUCGACGUCCGCCCCGGCAGCCUGAGCUCGAGGUUUCCCGGCGGGCAGAGCCCGAGGAACACGAUGCCGGUCGGAGGAAUAUUUCUGACACGGGAUUAUCCGAGAAGAGUCUUCUGUGAAGCACUGUCCCUUUCACGCCGGGACGAGCCCCACACGUGCCCAUGAUACGGCUCACAAACGGUCAGAAAUCAUCCUCGAAUUGUCGGCGGGAGCUAGACGGGAGCAUGUGAGUCCACCCCCGGCCUUCAUCACCGUACCGUCCGUCGUACUGUAGAAGAGGAUCUCUCUCCCUUCUGUCAACAUCAGGAAGACCCGGCCAGACCCACUUUUUGGUCGUUCCCUACGGAUGAUGCCUGUCUGCUCUCUAAUUGUUAAGCCUUUUCUAUGUGGGUGCUUUUGUGAGGUGUUUUAAGCCGCAUCUGGAAGCCUGGAUAGAUUUUCUAUGUCCCUACUUCACCUAGUUCGUCUGAGCUGAAAUCCAUGUGCCUCUGCUUUGCAGUAUUAUUAUAUUGGAGUAUUUCCAUCAACCUGGUCAAGACUGGGACCUGUACCUUCCAUGUUUGUUGAGAUUCUUUUAGCAUCUUAAUAGCCACAAGAUACUGACUGACACAUGGCAUCUGCUGCUCCGCCUAGAGGCCAUGUUGACUCAAGAAUCGUCCUUAAUAUUUCUGGCCAUUAUUGGUGGAAAAUGAUAUUCCAGGUUUUUGUAAAUCUAAAGUACAGACAAAAAUGGGCAGAUAUAAUUCAUCAUAUAAAGCUUCACCAUCAUCUUAUUUUAUUUUGAAU